AUGACUGGCAAGGACCUGGGGGUAAUAAAUGAAGUUUAUACCAGCAAAGUUGAGGCGCAUGGAAGCUUGUUCCUAAAGCUAACUGAAACCAAGCCAGCUCCUGAAAAGAAAUUCAUAACCUUCCCAGCCGAACAAGCUGAGAUAAUUGGUUCAGCACAAAUUAGAACAACUUCCCGUGGGGUUAAAGUGGUAUCAAAUCUCCAGGCUGAUGGGAAAAGUGCAUUGCGCUGGAAUAAUGUUCCUGGCUCAACAAGUGGUUGGACUCUAGUCAAAUUUGAUUACAUCAAUGCUGAGCUUUCACCAGGAAAUAUGGAUGAUUCAAAAUUGAACUUCAAGCACACUUCCAUUGUUAUAAAUGGGAACAAUGAAAGCCCAUUUUAUGCUGAUAUGCCUAUCACUGGACUGACUUGGGAUGAUAUGGCUGAAGGAUUUCUUGUGUCACUUCCACUAAAACCUGGGAAUGAAAACACCAUCCUUAUUCGGGGAGAAGCUGGGCAACCUGCACCCGACUUUCAUUUGUUAUCAGUAGAGCAAACAGAAUAA